AUGGCCGCCGCAGAGACGCGCAGGCUGCUUGAGCAGCUUAUGGGCGAACAGCUCAUGAGCGGAACCGACCAGCGCGCGCCCCAGCUAAACAUCAACGACACCAAGGUCUGUCGCUCCUACCUCGUAGGCAACUGCCCCCAUGACCUCUUCACCAACACCAAGAACGAACUGGGCCCUUGCUCCAAGGUGCACAACGAGGCGCUGCGGACCGAGUACCAGGAGGCAGACGCGGAACAGAAGCGCAAAUGGGGAUUCGAGUUUGACUACAUGCGCGACAUGCAGCAUCACAUUGACAGCUGUAAUCGCAAGAUUGACACUGCCCAGCGCCGCCUGGAGAAGACACCUGAAGAGAUCAGGCAGACCAACGCUCUUGUAAGUAUCCCGGCCAGGGGACCUGCACUAUCUGCUCACGCGCGACAGCUCAAAGCGAUUAACGAACUGACCAAAUCGAUCGACGCCGGCAUGCUCGAGAUCCAAAUCAUGGGCGAGGAAGGCAUGGUCAACAUGGCCGUCCAAGAGUUCACCAAGGUCCGUUACAAGAAAGCCGAGAAGGAGGAGCGAGAGAGGGAGCUGCGCGCUCUGUCAGACACCGGAGGUCCAUCUGGACAUCAGAAGCUCCAAGUGUGCGACGUAUGUGGUGCGUAUCUCAGCCGUCUUGACAAUGAUCGGCGUUUAGCAGACCACUUCUACGGAAAGAUGCAUCUCGGCUAUGCUCAAAUGCGCAAGUCCUACGAAGCCCUGACCAAGGAGCUCAAGGACCGCCAGCCACCCCGCAAUUCCUACGCUCCCUCCGGCGGCGACAUGGACCGAGGCGGCGGUGGAGGUUGGGGAGGAGGUGGUGGUGGAUACGGUGGCGGUGGCUUCCGUGGUGGACGAGGAGGUCGUCGCGGAGGCAGAAGAGGCGCUUGGUAA